CCAAAAGCAAAUUUUAACAAAACAAAAAAAACUUGAGAAAGGGAAAAAAAAAUCGCAAUCGCAAAAAAAAAAAAAAAAACAGAGAGCCAUCACAAUCGUCGUCUCCGGCUUAUGUUAGCUUCUGAUUCACGAGGUGGCAUUACAAUGGAUUGCAAUGAUGAUAUGAAUGCUAACGCUAAGGGAUCAAGUCUUGAGAAGGCUGGCCAGGAUAUAGAUUUAGGGUUUCCACAGGUUGUAAACCCUAGGAAGAAGUGUUUUAUAGAGAUUGAGCGUGAUGAGAACUCUGAUACUGGUUUAGAUGUUUGUUGCAUUGGUAAGGAGAGUCAGGAGCAGGGAGUGGUUACAGAUGAGGUUGAGGAAAUUCGAGAUUCGGUUUUUAAGGGUGGUUUACUUGUGGAUUGCAAUAAGCAGGGUGGCACAGUGUUGCCUAUAGGGGUCGGUGAGAUAGAUACUGAGACGAAUUUUGUAAAUGGAGAGUCUGUGGAAACUGCAAAGGGCGUAAAUAUUGGUGAAGGUGGAAGUGAUGGUUUUAGUGGAGCCUUUGAUUGUGGAGGUAGUGAUCAUGAUGUUGGUUUAUCUGAUGAUGUGUCUUUCCUUAGGAGUAGUCCGUAUCCAGAUUCAGUAUUGGAUUCGGGAGUUUUUAGCUGCACCGACAGAGAGAAUUGUAUGAAGUCUUCAGGUGAGAUUGAAGGCAAUAUGCCUCUCGUGGUAUCCCCUUCAUUAGCUAUCAGAAAAAUGGUAAGUAAUGAUGGUGGUGGUCUAUGUUCAAAUGAUCUUGACGACACUGUAGAUUCAGAGGCGAUCAAUCCAGAUUUGAGGUUGGUGCGUGAGGAUGAGUUUCAUACUGAUCUUUCUGAGAAGAAUGAAAAACUGCUAAGGAACCAUGUUGGAGAGUCAUCAAGUGAACGUGCUGUGGCCGCUCUGAGUAUGAAUAAUGGAAAUAGAUUUGGUGUGGAAACCGAUUGUCCUGUUACUGACUCUUCUUUAAUAAGGAGUUUUCCAUUGCCAUUUGGUAAUGGAGGCAUCGAAGCUCGUAAUCUUGACCAUGUAGCUGAGCCACUCAGAAUUGUAGGUGGCAAUGGCAGAAUAGCCGGUGAAGUUGCUUCUGGUUCCGGGACUUGCGAGUCUUCACGGCCAAGGAGAUCUCGAAAUAGUAAACAGGGUAAUUUGGCGCAGACCAACAGGAGUGGUCCUCAGCCGAGAAAAUCCUCUAGAAAGAAACAAUCGGAAAGAAAAUUAGAAUUAGUUUUCAAGUGCUCCAAGCAGAAGAGGAGCUUGGUUUCAAAACCGUGCCGUUCAUCUCAGUGGGGAUUACCAAGUAGGACCGCUGAAAUCUUCUUACAGAGCAAUGGUAUUUCUCAUGAUGGACCUCCACAUCAACGUCAGAGCAAUAAUAAAAAUGGAGAGCAUGUAGAAGGAUCUAACAGGAACAUCCAAGCAUCAAGUGGCUCUGGCCUUCGUUUGAAAGUUAAAUUCGGUAAAUCAGGUGGCCAAAAUCCUCUGAACGUUACAGUCUCUAAGGUCAGUGGUAACUCUUUGGCUGCUACUGAUAUAGUUAAGGCAGGAACAGGUUCAGAGUAUUCAGGGCCAGCAAUUGUUGUCGAGGAUAAACUCCGAACUGUGGAAACUAGAGAGCAUUUCGAAGAGAAAAGCAAUCCUGUGGAUAAACUUUCAUAUCGGCUGUCAUCUGAUUCCAGUAUGGAUGAGAAAAACAACCAAGACGCUGGAGGGUUAAGUAGGAAGCUAGGUGGUGAUGUUUUAGAUAAGGGCCCACACCUUUCCUCUAGUAUAAUGGUUGAAGAGUGCGAGAGGACUACUGGAACCCGGUCCCUGGAUGCUGAAACCUCACCAGAUUCAGAAGUUAUCAACUCUGUGCCUGAUUCCAUAAUCGGUAUUGGACUUAAAGGGGAUUUGCCUCUCGGAUUUUGCAGCACUCCAGAAGAUGUGGUUAACAGGAACAUGCAAUUAGAAAAAGAAGAUGAAUUACUUGCUUCAACAUCUUCUGAAAAUGGUUCACAUCUAAUUCCCAUCGCCAAAAAAGGUAACCAACCUAGGUCAAAAGGUAAUGGAACAAAAAAGGGGAAAUCCAAGUCCGAAUCUGCCAAAGACAGGAGAAAAAGUGAAUCAUGUGGGGAGCAAUUGAAAUCCAUAAACAAGAGUGUUGGAAGGGAUGAUAGUGAUCAUCAUGAAGUAGGGAGAAUAGAGUCUCACGAAACAACAGGUGCUCUUCUAAACGCUGAUAUUGGAAAAACCAGUGCCAUUAAUGGCGCCAUAUCAUCAGAUGUGAUCCAUGGGGAAUUGGCCACGGACGUUACUAUCGAGGAUAGCCCUUCCACUGAGAGUGCAUGGGUUCGAUGUGAUGAUUGCUUCAAAUGGCGACGAAUACCUGCUUCUGUUGUCGAGUCAAUUGACGAGAGCUCAAGAUGGAUCUGUGCGAACAACUCAGAAAAAGAAUUUGCUCAUUGCUCAAUAUCUCAAGAGAUGCCAAAUGAAGAAAUUAAUGAAGAGUUGGGCAUAGGACAAGAUGAAGCAGAUGCAUACGAUUGUGAGGCGGAUAAAAGGGGGAAAGACAAGGAACAAAAGAGUAAACCUUUGGCAGGUAAGAAAAAGGCGUGCUUCAGGGCUAUAAAAACAAACCAGUUUCUUCAUCGGAAUCGUAAAAAUCAAACAAUUGACGAGAUAAUGGUUUGUCACUGUAAACCACCACCUGAUGGUAGAUUGGGUUGUGGAGAAGAAUGCCUCAACAGAAUGCUUAACAUUGAAUGUCUUCAUGGUACCUGUCCUGCUGGCGAUUUAUGCUCUAAUCAGCAGUUUCAAAAACGGAAGUAUGUUAAGUUUGAAAGAUUCCAAUCUGGUAAGAAGGGUUAUGGCCUAAGAUUGCUUGAGGAUGUACGCGACGGGCAAUUCCUUAUUGAAUACGUCGGAGAGGUGCUUGAUAUGCAGUCCUAUGAGACUCGUCAGAAGGAUUAUGCUUCCAUGGGUCAGAAGCAUUUCUAUUUCAUGACACUCAAUGGGAAUGAGGUAAUAGAUGCUGGUUCAAAAGGAAAUUUAGGGCGUUUCAUCAACCAUAGUUGUCAACCAAACUGCCGUACUGAAAAGUGGAUGGUGAAUGGUGAAAUUUGCGUUGGAAUAUUCUCCAUGCAAGACCUUAAGAAGGGUCAGGAGUUGACUUUUGACUACAACUAUGUGAGGGUUUCUGGUGCUGCUGCCAAAAAGUGUUAUUGUGGGUCAUCACAUUGCCGAGGUUACAUUGGCGGAGAUCCUUUGAACGGUGACGUAAUUGUUCAAAGUGACUCAGAUGAAGAGUGUCCUGAACUGGUGAUCCUUGAUGAUGAUGAAAGUGGGGAAGGAAUCUUGGAUGCAACGUCUAGGAUCUUCAUUGAUGGUGCUAACAUGCAAAUUCCGCAGAAUUCUACAAAAAUUCAUGAUUCGAAGGACCUUGCUUCUGAUAAUUCCAAACCAGAGAGCCCAUUAACUGUAAAACAUCCAGAGAGAGACAUUCUUCCAUCUCUUCAGCCAACAGAAGUUUCCAAGGAAUUUUCGACGGACAUGCCUGGCAUUACUGUCCAGAAGGAGGUUCUUGUUGAAAAGAAGAAUAAAAGCACAUCUCCCACGUCCAGUUUUCACAGCAGACUGUCCUCUGAUGGUGCAAAUGCUGAUAAGACAGUAAAGCAUGGAUCGGCUGAUGAUAAGAAGAUACUUUCACGACCACAUCCUCGUAUGAAAACUUCUCGUUCAUCUGGCUCUAGUAAGCGAGACAAAGGAGGUGUUCUUCCUGGUGUCAACAAAGCACAGAUCAUACCAGUCAAAAAGUUGCAGCAACAGCCCAUCAAAUCUAAAGGAUCAGAGGAAGUUUCUCCCAGUGGGCGUAUCGAAACAUUUGAAGGAAAACUGAACGAGUUACUAGAUGCUGUGGGAGGGAUAAGCAAGCGGCGUGAUUCAGUAAAAGGCUACUUGAAACUUUUGCUUCUCACUGCUGCUUCUGGAGGCAAUGCCAGUAAUGAAGGAAUUCAAAGCAAUCGAGAUCUUUCGAUGAUUCUGGAUGCCCUUUUGAAGACAAAGUCACGAACAGUUUUAGUGGACGUAAUCAACAAGAAUGGUCUGCAAAUGUUGCAUCAUAUCAUGAAACAGUACCGGGGUGAUUUUAAAAAGACCCCAAUACUCCGAAAACUUUUGAAGGUAUUAGAGUAUCUUGCUACAAGGGAUAUUCUUGGACUGGAGCAUAUAGUCAGACCACCUCCUUGUGCAGGGGUGGAAAGCUUUAAGGACUCUAUUCUAACACUCACCGAGCAUGAUGACAAACAGGUUCAUCAAAUUGCACGGAACUUUCGAGACAGAUGGAUCCCUAAGCCUUACAGAAAACCUUGGCGCGUCAUCGACAGGGAGAGAUCAGAGUCUAGAAGAUCACCUAUAAACAGCAGAUUCAGAAUGUCACAAGAAUCUAGACAUGAUCAUCAUUCUCCAAGACAUGCAGAACCAUUUGCAUCAGUCACAUCAUCAGAGGCUGCAACACCUGAAACAGCCUCUGUAUCUGAAGGAUCCUCAGAACCUAAUCCCACUCUUCCCAAGACUAAUGGACGCAAGCGAAAAAGCAGAUGGGACCAGCCAUCUCAACAAACAGAUGUAACCCUAGACGACAUUCCACCAGGGUUUUCAUCACCUUGCACAGAUGCGCCUGAUGCAGUCACCGCACAGCCACAAGAAAAGUUCCUUUCUCGGUUAACAGUCUCUUAUGGGCUCCCUCUUAGCAUCGUUCAUCAACUUGGUUCACCCAGCAAAGAAGACCCUACUAGCUGGUCCGUUGCUCCUGGGAUACCGUUCUUUCCAUUCCCACCUCUUCCGCCGGUUUCUCAUGGUGAGUUUUUCGCUAAGAGAAAUGGGUUCUUACCGGCUACAACCGGGACUGUCUCAACGGCUCCAAACAGGAAGAGGGAGUUUUCAUCUGAUAUAGGAACGACUUACUUUCGGCAACAGAAACAGAACGUUCCUCCAUGGGUGCGGAACAAGAAACCUAACUUUUAG